AUGUAUCUGAAGUAUCGAGAGCUGAAAUCAUUUUUCCGUCAAGCUGAUGUUCCAGCAUUGUUCAUAAAAGCGAGUCGAGUGAAUCUAUUCAUUGGGCUUGCUGCACUCACGUCUUAUCAGUUGGCUGUCAACUUUCCGGCUACGAAAAUCAACCACGUGGCUCUGAUUGGCAACAAACUCUCCCUUGUUCUUGCUAAUCUUUACAUAUGGUUUCAUGCAUUUCUUUCAUUGAAAAUUCAUGAUGCAAAUGUCCCCAGAUGGAUACUUUUUCUAAUCAGAAUAUCUCUCGCAUUUGUUGUGUUUUCAUUAGCAGCUGCAAUGAUCCAAGCGAAUUGGGUUCCUGAUCCAGCGAAACAGUAUGUGGCAAUCGAUGCAAUUUACGAGUGGUGUUGUUACUUUGCAUUCUCUGUUUUCCUUCUCACAGAUGCUUUCGAAUUUCGGUUCAUGGUGUUCAAACCACCGAAACUGAUUAUUCGUGGAUGUACUGGAUAUAAUGAACGAGUUUUUGAAUCGAGCGAUGCUUCAGAAGACGAGGAAACUCUACCGCCACUAUCACAAAGAUACGUGAAUUAG